CUGCUCUGUUAAGAUAUAAAUAAAGAUAUAUAUAAUAAUAAGAUAUACCUGUCAGUUUUGUGUUUAAAAUGAAUCUGUGUGUGUGUUUAGUUAUUUUAAGUUUUAACUGUGUGAAAUCAAGAAGUAUUUCGGAGAAAAAUCCUAUACCAAAAAAGAUAUUUGACGAAAAGAAUAAAGAUCACUGGAGGCAGCAAGCACAAUGGACUUUACGGGCAAAGCUCUCAAAGCCGCAAAACACAAAAGUAGCAAAGAACGUAAUACUAUUUCUGGGUGAUGGUAUGAGUAUCACCACACUAGCAGCCACCAGGGUAUAUUUGGGACGAAAGUAUGGAUUUACAGGAGAAGAGGUCAAAUUGAGUUUUGAAUCGUUUCCUCAUACUGGAUUGGCGAAGACAUACUGCGUAGACAGCAAUGUAGCUGACUCUGCUUGCAGCGGAACAGCCUACCUAACAGGUGUAAAGGCGAACAGUGGGACCGUGGGGCUUAGUGGAGCUGUCAAGCGUGGAGACUGCGAAGGUCAGCGCGAUACGGCAAAUACUGUUACUGGGUUGGUGGACUGGGCGCAGAAGUCUGGAAAAGCUACAGGGAUAGUGACAACAACACGCGUGACACAUGCGACACCGGCCGCUGCGUACGCGCAUUCAGCCGACCGGAAGUGGGAAGCGGAUACUGAUUUACCGAAGCACGGCCUUCGGUGUGACGACAUUGCCAGUCAGCUGGUGAGAGGCGGCGUGGGCAGGCGCAUUGAUGUUGUUUUAGGAGGUGGAAGAAAGAACUUCCUUCCACGCUCUGAAAAAGAUUCAAGAGGCAAACCAGCAGGAUACAGACGAGACAAAAAUAAUCUCAUUCGAGAAUGGCUUUUAAGCAAAGAAUCUUUGGGACAAACCCCCAAAUAUGUAUACAACAAAAAAGAUCUGUUAAAUCUCGAUACAAAGUACAAUAGUGUGUUAGGAUUAUUUUCAUAUGAUCACAUGCCAUAUCACUUGGAGGCAGAUGAAGAUGAUCCAAGUUUAAGUGACAUGACGCGGAAGGCGAUCGAAAUUUUAUCCAGAAAUUCGAAUGGAUAUUUCCUGUUUGUUGAAGGAGGGAGAAUCGACACCGCCCACCACGAGACCAAGGCCCGCAAGGCUCUGGAUGAGACAGCAGAGUUCGCAAAGGCUGUGGAAGCAGCUCUCCGACUUAUAAACACUGAAGAUACCCUUGUUGUUGUAACAGCGGACCACAGUCAUACAAUGACGUAUAGUGGCUAUAGUGAAAGAGGAUCCGAUAUAUUGGGAUUUGGAACUAAGAUCAACGCGUCUGAUGAACUCCCCUACACCACUUUGAGUUACGCAAACGGGCCAGGGUAUAGGCCGCACCAGGAUUUCAGAAGAGCUAAUGUUAUGUUAGACGAUUUGUCUAGCCUAAACUUCACGUACCCCGCCCUCGUACCAAUAGUACGGGAGACGCAUGGUGGAGAAGACGUAGCUGUGUUUGCGACCGGCCCUUGGUCUCACCUGUUCAGCGGGAACUAUGAGCAGAACUUUAUUCCACAUGCGAUCGCCUAUGCCGCCUGUCUGGGCACAGGACUGACCGUUUGUUCAUAAUAUAAAAGUUCUGUUGUGUGACACUAGAUGGCGUUAAAAUAAAUAUGAGUUUUAGCUCUUUUAUAGAAAAGUUUAGAGUGGAUUUUUGAAGUGUACUGAACUUUCUUAAAUGAAAAGAGAAACUGCAUCUAACAUUGUGAUUUCUGUCGAAUUGAUUUGCUAUUUCAUUGAAUAUCCCUUAUUUGAUGUAUCAUAAAAUAUAUGGUUUAGGUUGUUAAUUAAGAUUAUAAACAAAAUAUGCAAUAAUUAAUAGUAUUAGUUAUGUUUAGUGAGAUUUACAAUCUCAAGUAUUAUAUAUUAACAAUUUCUCAUCAUUUUACGUAUCACUCGAGCGAGUCAUAAGAUAUUGAAGAAUUAAUACGUAAAAAUUAAGAUUUCAUACACACUGUCUUAAGUUACGUGGUAAUGUGAUAUUAUUAAUAAUAAGAGUUAUCUAUAAGAAAUUUAAAAAACCGACGAUACAUUAUGUUUUUUAUUAGAGUAUGUAUUUUUAUAGUAUUGUAAGAACUAAAUAAUAAGAAUUUUAGUAAGCCUGCAUGUCUAAUUUAGUUACCGUAAACAAGAGUUUUGUGAGUCCGGAUUCUAGGAAAACAAUUUUGUCUGAACGUUAACAAACAUUUUCCUUUACUCGUAAACUUCUCUUUUAAUUGAAAAUCAACCUGUAAAUAUUUCUGCCAACACCAAUACGAUUUGAGAAAUGAAAUUCUACAGAAAUAACUUCAUCAAUGUUGUUCAAGUUUAUUAGUUGAAUGACACUUAUGUAAGAAAUCGGGCAAUAGUUAGUGUGUAAGAGUAAUGUUAGUUCGUAUUAAAUAGAUUGUUACGUACAGGCAAAAAAAACAUUAAUACAGUUAAUGAUUUUUUUUGCUGGUGCGUAACAAUUGAUAUUAUCAAAAUUUAAUUUAAUGAAGUUAUUAUAUUUAAGGUUUUUAGAUCGUAAGAAGAUUUUUCAGUAUUAAAUCUCUUAAAAAGUUGUUUUUCUAACAUUGAACCCUUGUAUCUGACACGUCUAUAUAGGUAUAAAAAUUAAUUGUUCUUCAUUUGUCUCGCUAAUCGAGAAUGGCUGGACUGAUUUGGCCAAGUUGAUCUUGAACUAUUUCUGAAAGUUCAGGGAAGGUUUAUACAUUAAUACUAGCAAUAACAUAGGCAUACAUUAUUUAAUUUUCCAAUACAAUCGUUACUAGCUUUUAAACACUUGAUGUCUUUUGUUUUUUGAAAUAAAAAAAUAUAAGUCUA